AUGAGUCACCGAGCAAGUGGUGCGAUUAUUGAGUGGGGGUGUGUGGGUGGUACAUGCAAUAACCUAGAGGGUAGUAAACCAGGUAAUGUCACUCUUGACGCUUGUCAGCAGACGCUGCGAGGGUUGCGCAAACCAGCGCUGUUGGUUGGUACGGUGUCGGUGCACACUCACGGAGACGUACACUCCGCCGGACUGGGCUCCGAGCUGGAACUUCUGCACCCCGUUUUUUACGGGUGGGCCCCCGUAGAAAUCCGGGUCCUAUAUGUCCGCGUGAUGAUUCCCUUCCAACAGAGCGCGUUACGGAGCAGCGCGCGGUGCGCAUGGGGCCAAUCAAACGCACCGAACCAGUGCCGAAAAAGAGUCAUGUGUGCACCAGGCCCGACAAGUGACUACAGCCUGAGCCGUGCUCGUGGCGUCCAGGUACCCCGUCGUUUCCCCCAGAGACUCACCGCGGGGCGUCUUGUUCCCGAACCGGAAACUCGUCCACGGUCCGGACUUACGGACAUCGGAGUUCCCCCCUCACAGUGCCGCACCCCAUGA